AUGCCGCUUGGAGAUCUACUGCAAGGAGGAGAGCUUUUUCUCGGAGAACGCCUACUAGGCAAGCGCCUACUGGGAGAAUGUCCACUGGGAGAGCGCCUACAUGGAGAGCGCCCACUGGGAGAGCGCUUACAGGGAGAGCGCCUACUGAGAGAGCGCCUACUGAGAGAGCGCCUACUUGGAGAGCGCCUACUAGGAGAGCGCCUAAAGGGAGAGCGCCUACUAGCGGAAGCUCGCCUGUCGGAAGCAAAGUCCAGGUCCACAGAUGAGCGCCUGGACGAGGAAGAGCGCUUAUCAGGCUCGCUGCGCCUGCCAGGCUCUUGGCGCCUGCCAGACUCAACACGCCUGCCAGGCUCUUGGCGCCUGUCAGACUCAAAAUCCCUACCAGGCUCUUGGUGCCUGCCACGGGGAGAAAAAACUUCCACGGAAGAGUCCCUGUCUGAAGCAAGGCGCUUACAAGGCUCUGUCGCCUAUCCAAUCGGGAGUGAUCAAAAGGAGAGGAAUGCCUCCAUUGGCGCCUACUAG